AUGUCGAACAGCUACCUUCACAUGCCACCCAACCCAACCAUCAUGGCCACGGGUAGUGGAAUUGCGGUUACCAACCUGACGACCAGCCAUCAUGGACCCAGCUCAGCGAGCCGAAUCACCAUCCAGCAUGGCAUGGUCGGGAUGGGUGCGAACCAUCAUCACCCGCAGAACUCAAGACCCCGAGUCGAGAUCGUCCGUCCUGCAGGUGAUCCCGCUGCUACCACUAUGUCAGCUUCAGCUUCCGGCAGUGCUUCGCCUCUUCCGCACGCCAAUUCUGCGUUCCAUCACCGUCCCCACACCCCGGCGGUCCAACUCGUCAGCAGCACCUUGAUCGCUUCGGGUCAUACCCAUCCCGCCCAUCAAACAGCCCCGAGGCCGAUUCCGUCUGGAGAAAGCACUGUGUCUAUGUACUGCGACCCCCCUACGUCUCCGAAGCCUCAACGGGUCAAGCCGCGCCCUGUGGAUGGCGACUGUGGAAUCUGUCUUCUCCCCUAUCUGGAUGAGAGCAUGCGCUGCGACAUGUCCGAUGAUGAGAGAACCGAAGACGAUGAGGAUGAUGACUGGGAGGAGAUGGACGACGAAGAGCUUGCCGGUCCGGACUACGAUCACAGCUUGCUGGUCUGGUGCCGGGGAUUCUGCGGGACCAACUACCACCGGGCAUGCUUGGAGCAGUGGCUCGACACCUUUGACACCCUGGAGCCGACCUGCCCGACCUGCCGCAACUACUGGAUUCAUUAG